CCUUUCAUCGGGAGGGAUGAACGCCGAGUGCCGCUGACGAGCGCAGGAGUUUGACACCCAAGUUUUUUAUUUGUAUUUUUUUGUGCACCGCGUUUGGCGCGUCCGCCAUCCAAGCCUCGUCGUUCUCGGGGAAACUCCCUGAGGGCACACAGCAGUCACACACGCACGCACGCACACGCGCAGACCGGCGCCAUGCAGGAGUCCGAGGCAACGGUGUGCCAGCUGCAGCCCAACAUCAUCUCGGUGCGUCUCUUCAAGAAGAAGGUGGGCGGCCUGGGCUUUCUGGUAAAGCAGAGGGUUUCCAAGCCGCCCGUCAUCGUGUCGGACUUAAUCCGGGGCGGCGCCGCCGAGGAGUGCGGCCUGGUGCAGGUGGGCGACAUCGUACUGGCCGUCAACAACAAGCCCCUGGUGGACCUGUCCUACGAGCGCGCCUUGGAGACGCUCAAGAACGUCUUACCUGAGAGCUACGCCGUGCUCAUCCUCCGCGGGCCCGAGGGCUUCACUACUCACCUGGAGACUACCCUGUCAGGGGAUGGCCGCCAACGCACCGUGCGGGUCACCAGGCCCGCCUUUCCGGUCUCUAAGUCUUACGAGCACUGCUCCCCCCUCAGCCCCUUUGGCCCCGUGCAGCAGCAGGCCAACAAGGAGCCUCAGCUGAGGGCCAUCGAGAACCUCUCUUCGCCGUCCAUAACGCAGUCGCUGCUGCAGAGGGGCGGCGUCCCGGCCCAGGACCCGCUGCUCAUGAGGGAUGGCGGCCGAGGCGGCCUCCUGUGUAACGGGCUGGAGGAGAACAACGACUUGUUGAAUGAAAUAGAGCCGGUGCUGCGGCUUAUCCGGGGCGCCAAAAAGGAGCUGAACGGUGACGGCCAGAGGAACGCUACGCGGCGGGAUGCUGAGAUUCAAGUGGCCUGGGACCUCGCCGUGGGAAACGGCACGUCACCCCCGUUGGCGUCCGAUAACAACAGGAGGCGGGAGAACAUGCCGGUGGUGCUGCACAACAUCGAGGCCGAGCAGAGCUCCACCAUGGGAAAGACUUCGCCCACCAAGUCGCUGCAGAACGGAAGCCCCUCCAAGUGCCCGCGCUUCAUCAAGAUCAAGAACUGGGAGACCACGACCGUCUACAAUGACACUCUCCAUCACAGCUCAACCAAGAUCUGCAAUGAGAAUGUGUGCCUCGGGUCGGUGAUGAUGCCCAACCUGCACGCCCGCAAGCCAGACGAGGUCCGGAGCGAAGAGGAGCUCCUUCCCCUGGCCACCGACUUCAUCGACCAGUACUACACCUCCAUCAAAAGGUAUGGCUCCAAGGCCCACACGGACCGGUUGGAGGAGGUCACCAAGGAGAUAGAGGCCUCGGGAACGUACGUGCUCAAAGACACGGAGCUAAUAUACGGAGCCAAGCACGCAUGGAGGAACGCUGCCCGCUGCGUUGGAAGGAUCCAGUGGUCCAAACUGCAGGUUUUUGACGCCAGGGAUUGCACAACAGCUCACGGAAUGUACAACUACAUCUGCAACCACAUCAAGUAUGCCACCAACAAGGGCAACCUGAGGUCAGCCAUUACCAUAUUCCCCCAGAAGACGGACGGUAAACACGACUUCCGCGUGUGGAACUCUCAGCUGAUCCGUUACGCCGGCUACAAGCAGCCCGACGGUCACAUCCUGGGAGACCCCGCCAAUGUUGAAUUCACGGAGAUCUGCAUGCAGCUGGGAUGGAAGGCUCCCAAGGGCCGCUUUGACCACCUGCCCCUCCUGCUGCAAGCUAACGGCAAUGACCCAGAGCUCUUUGAGCUCCCCGAGGACCUCAUCCUGGAGGUGCCCAUCACACACCCAAAGUAUGAGUGGUUCAAGGACCUGGACCUGAAGUGGUACGGUCUGCCGGCCGUCUCCAACAUGCUGCUGGAGAUCGGCGGCCUGGAGUUCACUGCUUGCCCCUUUAGCGGGUGGUACAUGGGCACGGAGAUCGGCGUCAGGGACUUCUGCGACAGCUCCCGCUACAACAUUCUAGAGGAUGUCGCUAACAAGAUGGCCCUAGACACCAGGAAGACGUCCUCCCUCUGGAAAGACCAAGCUCUGGUAGAGGUCAACAUCGCUGUUCUCUACAGCUUCCAGAUAUGCAAAGUGACCAUUGUGGACCAUCAUUCGGCCACCGAGUCCUUCAUGAAGCACAUGGAGAACGAGUACCGGGUGCGAGGUGGCUGUCCCGGCGACUGGGUGUGGAUCGUGCCGCCCAUGUCGGGAAGCAUCACGCCCGUCUUCCACCAGGAGAUGAUCAACUACCGCCUCACACCCUCUUUUGAGUACCAGGCUGAUCCUUGGAAUACUUACGUGUGGAAAGGAGUCAAUGGGACGCCCACCAAGAAAAGAGCCAUCGGAUUCAAGAAGCUCGCCAAGGCGGUGAAGUUCUCCGCCAAGCUGAUGGGUCAGGCCAUGGCGAAGAGAGUCAAGGCGACCAUCCUGUUCGCCACCGAGACGGGAAAAUCUCAGGAUUACGCCAAAACCCUGUGUCAAAUCUUCAAGCACGCCUUCGACGCAAAGACCAUGUCCAUGGAUGAGUACGAUGUGGUGCACCUGGAGCACGAGACACUGGUGUUAGUGGUGACCAGCACCUUCGGCAACGGUGAUCCGCCCGAGAAUGGAGAGAAAUUUGGCGCGGCCUUAAUGGAGAUGCGGCACCCGACCUCAAACACCGAAGACAGAAAGAGUUACAAAGUUCGUUUCAACAGCGUGUCCUCCUACUCGGACACCAGGAAGUCGUCCAGCGACGAGCCGGAAGCAAAAGUCAACUUUGAGAGCACCGGGCCGCUUGCCAACGUCAGUUGCAAUGGCACCGAUGUCUCGAAGACCACCAGUCAGGAAGGAACUCGCUCAAACGAGAAGAUGACACACUGCGACUCUACGAUGGCAAAGCGACAAGAAAAAAAACCGCUGAAGUUCUCCGUGUUUGGCCUGGGAUCCAGGGCCUACCCGCACUUCUGCGCCUUUGCCCACGCUGUGGACACGCUCUUUGAGGAGCUCGGGGGAGAGCGCAUCCUCCGCAUGGGGGAGGGGGACGAGCUGUGUGGCCAGGAGGAGUCCUUCAGGACCUGGGCCAAGAAGGUUUUUAAGGCUGCCUGCGACGUGUUCUGCGUGGGCGACGACGUCAACAUCGAGAAGGCCAACAACUCCUUGAUCAGCAACGAUCGCAGCUGGAAGAAAAGCAAGUUCCGGCUGACCUACAACGCCGAGGCGCCGGCUCUUACUGACGCGCUCUAUGGCAUCCACAAGAAGAGAGUUUUUGGAGCCAAAAUGCUGGAAUCUCAAAACCUCCAAAGUUCCAAAUCUAAACGGAGAAUCUGCGUCACGCGCACAAAAGGAUGCGGGAAAGAUGGCCCCGGUUCACAUGGCCUUCAGGAGUACGAGGAGUGGAAGUGGUUCAACACGCCCACGCUGGUGGAGGUACUGGAAGAGUUCCCGUCCAUCCAGCUGCCCUCCACCUUGCUGCUCACCCAGCUGCCUCUGCUGCAGCCUCGCUACUACUCCAUCAGCUCCUCGCCGGACGUGCACCCGGGGGAGAUUCACCUCACGGUGGCCGUGGUCUCCUACCGAGCCAAAGAUGGAGAGGGCCCCAUUCACCACGGAGUGUGCUCCUCCUGGCUCAACAGGAUCGAGAAGGGCGACGUGGUGCCGUGUUUUGUCCGAGGGGCGCCAAACUUCCAGCUGCCCAAAGACCACCAAGCUCCUUGCAUCCUGGUGGGCCCGGGGACUGGCAUCGCCCCCUUCAGGAGCUUCUGGCAGCAGAGGCUGUUUGAUUUCGAACACAAAGGGAUCGAGUCGUGGCCCAUGACCCUGGUGUUUGGCUGCCGGCAGUCGGAGAUGGACCACAUCUACAAGGAGGAGACCAUCCAGGCGAAGAACAAGGAGGUGUUUAAGGAGCUCUACACAGCCUAUUCCAGAGAACCUGGCAAACCAAAGAAAUACGUGCAGGAUGUUCUCCGCGAGCAGCUGUCAGAGAGAGUGUACCAGUGCCUGCGGGAGGAGGGGGGACACAUCUACGUGUGCGGAGACGUCACCAUGGCCGGCGACGUCCUGAAGACGGUGCAGCAAAUCAUCAAGCAGCAGGGCAACAUGAGCCUGGAGGACGCCGGCUUCUACAUCAGCAAGCUGCGGGACGAGAACCGCUACCACGAGGACAUCUUCGGGGUCACCCUGCGCACUUACGAGGUCACCAACAGACUGCGGUCCGAGUCCAUCGCCUACAUCGAGGAGAGCAAGAAAGAUUCAGACGAGGUUUUCUGCUCGUAGGCCUACCAUGUGAAGACCACGACGACGGUGGUGGCGGCAGGCAGGCCCCAGGAUGCAGCAGCACUGGUUCGACAAUACUGUGCCAAUUUUUCUACUGCUAAAAAACUUAAAAAUAUAUAUAUAUAUAUACAUAUAUAUGUAUGUAUGUGUAUAUAUAUGUAUAUAUAUAUUUAUAUAUAUUAAUGUGUUUCAUUUUUUAUACCAAGUUUCUGUUCCGCUGAGGCUCGUUAGCGACCAAGAUGCUAAUUGGUUCCUCCUAAGUGUAAUGACUUGCCUCAUUGUGAAUGCAUGACGUGAGAAUAUAAUCCAAAAUCUGUGUGUUACCUCGCUGCACCGCCAAGGCUUUCUUUGUCACGUUUACAGAGUGCAUGUGUGACGUUUAGCGACCGCGGCAAGAAAAAAAAAAUGUUAAAAAAAAAAAAGCCCCGUCGCUGUGCCGCGCCGAAGCAUUAUGGGAUGUCCGAGAGUUGGAAUCGUGCAAGUGACGAUCGAUCAUCCAUCGCGUCAUCGUUUUGUUCCAGGAUGCAGACAGAGAGCACCCUCGUUGUCCGCUCACACAAUCACACUUAGCCACGUUUUUGUAAUAUAUAGGCCUACUAGUGUAUAUAUAUAUAUAUAUAUAUAUAUAUAUGUAUGUAGAUGUAUAUAAAUAUAUAUGUUUAUAUGUACAGUACAGGCCAAAAGUUUGGACACAUCUUCUCAUUCAAUGCGUUUUCUUUAUUUUCAUGACUAUUUACAUUGUAGAUUGUCAGUGAAGGCAUCACAACUAUGAAUGAACACACGUGGAGUUAUGUACUUAACAAAAAAAGGUGAAGUAACUGAAAACAUGUUUUAUAUCAUUUAAAUUAUUCAAAAUAGCCACCCUUUGCUCCGAUUACUGAUUUGCACACUCUUGGCAUUCUCUCCAUGAGCUUCAAGCACACCUGUGAAGUGAAAACCAUUUCAGGUGACUACCUCUUCAAGCUCAUCGAGAGAAUGCCAGGA